AUGUUCAGUUUAUUUGUUGACCUAUUAAAGGUGCGAUAUAAAGUGGUAAAUUUCUCUCUCAGUCUGUCUUUCUAUCUAUCUGAUAUCAGUCUAUUAAUUUUCUCUCUCUCUCUCUCUCUCUCUCUCUCUCUCUCUCUAUCUAUCUAUCUAUCUAUCUAUCUAUCAUUUCACCCCAAGAAAGGCGAUAAUGUCGCUAUGACGCAAGGGGCUGUAAACAGCUAUCUAUCUAUCUAUCUAUCUAUCUAUCUAUCUAUCUAUCUAUCUCCUUUUAUUCAAAACUAUAAAUUAACUCUUUCUCUCUCUCUCUCUCUCUAUCUAUCUCUCUCUCUCUCUCUAUCUAUCUAUCUAUCUAUCUAUCUAUCUCCUUUUAUUCAAAACUAUAAAUUAACUCUUUCUCUCCCUCUCAUCUCUCUAUCUAUCUAUCUAUCUAUCUAUCUAUCUAUCUAUCUAUCUCCUUUUAUACAAAACUAUAUAAAUUCAUUAAAUCCUUUUCUCUCUGUCUCUCUUUCUUUCUAUAUUCAUAUCUAUCUAUCUAUCUAUCUAUCUAUCUAUCUAUCUAUCUAUCUAUCUAUCUAUCUAUGUGUGUAUAAUACACCCGCACUCACAUAUAUCGCAGGAAAGACAUAA